AGCUUCCUGUCCAAGACUGACCACUCCUUCCUCAAGAUUGCCUACCUCCCCUUCCUCCCCUCUGAUGAUGAUGUUUAUGACUGCAAGGUGGAGCACUGGGGCCUGGAGGAGCCGUAUCUGAAACACUGGGAACCUGAGAUCCCAGUCCCCAUGUCAGAGCUGACGGAGACCGUGGUCUGUGCCCUGGGGUUGGCUGUAGGCCUCGUGGGCAUCGUGGUGGGCACCAUCUUCAUCAUUCAAGGCCUACGCUCGGGCAGUGCCUCCAGACGCCCAGGGCCCUUGUGAGCCACACCUUGGAAGGUAAGG